GAAGGGCGGCGGAGGAGCCGCCGGAGCAGCAGAUGAUGGAAAUCUCGGCGACCGUGGCGGAGUCUAAGAAGGCCGUCGAUAAGUUCGGCCACCGGACUUCUAUUUACCGCGGCGUCACAAGGCAUCGGUGGACGGGGAGGUAUGAAGCACAUCUUUGGGACAAUAGCUGCCGCCGGGAAGGCCAAAGCCGGAAGGGUAGACAAGUUUAUUUAGGUGGAUAUGAUAGGGAGGAGAAGGCUGGGAGGGCCUAUGACCUGGCAGCUCUCAAGUACUGGGGCCCCACCACCACGACCAACUUUCCGGUUUCGGACUACGAGAAGGAACUGGAAGAGAUGAAGAGUAUGACUCGGCAGGAAUUCGUCGCUUCGCUACGAAGGAAGAGUAGCGGCUUCUCUCGAGGCGCUUCUAUUUAUAGAGGAGUAACAAGGCACCACCAGCAUGGACGGUGGCAGGCGAGGAUUGGAAGAGUUGCAGGCAACAAGGACCUCUAUCUUGGCACCUUUAGCACACAAGAGGAAGCUGCCGAGGCUUAUGAUAUAGCGGCGAUAAAAUUCCGUGGACUAAACGCCGUCACCAACUUCGACAUGAGUCGCUACAACGUUAACACCAUAACCCACACCGACCUCCCCAUCGGCAGCAUGCCCGCUCGAUCCUUCAAAGCCUCCGACACCAACACCACUCCCCCUUCUUCCUCCUCCGACACAAUCAUGGCCGUCCAAGACCACCCCCAUCAACAUCUGGACGGCGACUACUGGUCACUCCUCGCCCUCCACAACCAGUACAAUCAGCAGAGUAAUAGCUCAGUAUUUGGAGGGAGUUUUGAAGGCUCGAGUUUUGCGCCAAGUUCUUCGCACUAUUACUACCAGCCUGCAAAGCCAAAUGUUUGUGUGUUUCAGACUCCUAUAUAUGGGAUGGAAUGAUGAGGAGCAGCCAUAGAAAGACAAGGGAACGAAGAGAGAGUGAGAUGGUAUUGAUGUGAACUAACAGUCUAGAGAGAGAGAGAGAGAUCCCGAGCUCUUUUUCUUUGUGGGGGUUUUUCUUUUCUUUACUGAACUGACAUGAUUCUAUAAUGUCAUUAGCCUUCUGAAA